GCUGAUUUGAGAUGUUUGUAUUGUGAAAACAUCAAAAAGAGUGUUUACAGUUUUAUUGCGUUGGAUCUUUUAAACUUUCACAAAAUGCUUAGUAUUUUUCGUGAUAAUCUAGUGAUAAAGACGCAAAUUUACGUGUUUUGAUAACUCUAUCUAUCCAUCGCGUGGCGGAGCGGUGAAAUCAACUAAAAAUAUCCAUUCUUAGGAAAUGCCUCGACAGUCAGAACACUUGUCUCAGUGCUAACGCUCUGAAUCAAUAAAAGCGAUAAGGAACGAAUGUGAUAAUGAGUUGCUGAUAUUUAUACAGAAAAGAAAAAAGAACGCUCGCAUAUCAGUAAACCACCGAAUUUCGAUCGUUCAGUAUUGCCGCCUGUGAAGAAAAAUGAAGAUUCACACAGUGAGCAGUUCGUCUUCAAUUAAUGGAGCGGUGAAAACGUCGUCAACUUCGUCCCAUUCAGACAGCGAAAUGAAGAAGUUGUGCCGGAUUAUUGCCCACAAUAGGAGUUUUAAAGAUGAAGACUUACUCUUGAAUCCAAAAGACCAUCCCGAGCUGAAGCUGAAGGACAUUGUGGAGAUUUACGAUCCCGAUGACGAUGGAGUUCGAUUGCUGCUCCAGGUGACUUGUCUCACAGAGGAGUGCAUGAACAAAGAAACUAUCAGCGUGGAAGCAAAUAUUGCGCUAGCUUUCAAUCUGAAGCCCUACAAAGAUGUCUACAUGCGAAAGGUGGAUCCCAGCGAAGUGGCUUUGGAUUCGGUGGAGAUAACAUUCAAAGAUCAGUACAUGGGUCGGUCGGAAAUGUGGCGACUGAAGACGUAUUUAACAAACACUUGCGUGUAUUUAAACAAAAAGAUUGAAUAUUGCGAGAACUGCAUCCGUUGUCAGGUGUACGAAAUGUGGUCCCAGGGUGAUAGGGUAGCAUGUGGGGUCAUCACGGAAGACACGAAAGUUGUCUUCAGAAGUAACACCUCAAUGGUCUAUCUGUUCAUUCAAAUGUCUUCGGAGAUGUGGGACUUUGAUAUCCAUGGUGAUCUCUAUUUCGAAAAGGCGGUAAACGGAUUCCUGGCCGAUCUGUACACGAAGUGGAAAAAGCUUGGUAGCAAUCACGAGGUGACGAUUGUCAUGUUUUCAAGGACAUUCUACGCAGCGAAAAGCCUGGAUGAGUUUCCGCUUCACAUGCGGGAUUGCCUGCAGAUGGACUAUAAGGGUCGAUACUACGAAGAUUUCUAUCGUGUUGCAAUUCAAAACGAGCGUUGCGACGACUGGAGUUCAACACUGGUUCAGCUGAGACGAUUGUUCACAGGAUACAGGGAUGUCGUUUUGAAAUACCAUGAGCGCCCCGAUGUGGAUAUGAAGAUCCCUUCUGCGACCAAUUCCACAGCCGCACAAGGAAAUUUCUUAGAAGUUCUUAACAUAUCAUUGAAUGUCUUCGAGAAGCAUUAUCUGGACAGGAGUUUCGAUCGCACGGGACAGCUUUCAGUUGUGAUCACACCUGGAGUUGGUGUCUUUGAAGUAGAUCGAGAGCUCACCAACAUCACAAAACAACGAAUUAUAGACAACGGUGUAGGAAGCGAUUUAGUAUGCGUUGGUGAACAACCACUGCAUGCUGUUCCUCUACUCAAAUUCCACAACAAAGAUUCCCUCACAUCGAUUGACGAUUACUCUAUGCCCCAUUGGAUCAAUCUCAGUUUCUAUUCGACGAACAAAACGGGAGGAUACGCUUCAUUCAUACCCCGAAUAAAGCCUCCUCCUGUGAUUUCUGAAUCGACACUUCGUGAGAAUCCAGAUUCAUUUCAGUUGCGUUUGCCAAAAAAGGAGAGUAAAAACGAGUAUAUCCACAACUGUCUGUUCGACUACGAUGCCUACGACGAUCAAAUAUUUCAGCUGCCUUCAGUACAAGGAACGUGUUCGCUGCAACGGGUCGCUCGAACUAAGAAAACAUCUGUCCCCAGUCUGGAUAACUUCGGUACUUAUGGAAAUAAUCGAGAAUGGGAGAAUAUGCUGUUUCCAACAGAUCUGCGACGUAAAAUGUCCGACCCGGAUAUUCACCAUAACACAACUAGCAUGCUGAAUUUAAGCCUCGCAUCACACAACAGCUCGCCAAGUGCGACAGAUAAACUAGGCGAGAAGAACAUCAACCGAAGCUUUGGGUCGUCCAGCGGACCUGUGGUCAGAACAGGGAGAGCAUUGAUCAACCCAUUCGACCCGUCUCACGUGACAAUCAAGUUGACGUCCAAUAGACGGCGAUGGACACAUAUAUUCCCAAAGGGACCGCAAGGAGUACUCAUCCAACAGCAUCACUAUCAAGCAGUGCCGGCUGCAACGUCGACCGCCAAUUAUACUGCCUUCGACUUGGACACCAGUAGCGAGUAUGCACAUACGUCCACUUGCACGUGGGGCCGCGGACGGCAUGGGAGCAACGCUUCAUUCGACAGCCCUCUGCACGAUGACGAUUUGAAAUGGAUUUCGGAGAAUAGAGGGAACCGUCGUAAGUCUGGUUUACACUCAGCUGCUGGUCCAACGGUGACUGUGACGCCAUCAAAAAGUCUUACGUUACUGUGGGGCGUAACUGGCGAGCAAGAAUGGACUCCAUCUCUCACCACAGCCGGACGAGUGAUCAUAGGCGUCGAUUGGAAAUCGUUAACUAUUCCGGCAUGCUUACCCAUAACAACCGAUUAUUUUCCGGACAAACGUUCGCUCCAUAAUGAUUACGUUGUUUCGGAUUAUACGCUUCUGCCGGAUGAUGUAAAUGCUGAAUUUGCUCAGAACCGUGCAAUCUAUAAGAAACCGUUAUCGACCGAAGAAGUUUUUAGGGAAUUGGUAUCGCAACGGCUAGCGCAGGGCUUCCAACUGAUUGUGCUGCCGGAGAAAACGUCGACAAAUCCUCAGCAAGCCCCUUGCUGUGGCGGUCAACUGCAAGCAUCUUUCCAGUCGAGUGUGCUACGGAUUCGUCCUCCACAGGAGCCUUCGCAAGAGUAUCUGUUGUCGAUUGGUAGAAUUUUCCACAAAAUAUCACUGAGUGGAUCGGUUAUAACCGUUACUAGAUAUCGGCCUAGGCAUCCUUACCCACCGAUCAAUGUCGACUAUCGAUAUCGCUUCCACGCUCCACAACAUGAUACCUACGAGGUGUCUGGAGUUAACUUCACUACUGAAAAGCUGGAAAAUUUCAAUUGGAACUAUAUGGAUCAGUACAUUUGCACGCGUGGUGAUACAGACUUCCAGUUAAUUGAGAGUAUGAAAUAUUGGCGAUACCGAAUGUACCUCCUGCCCAAAGAGGAUCCAGCCAUGAAGAAAAUUCUGGAGGGGACAGCUAAACGGUGUGACAUCUACACUGAAAAUAAACCCAUUCCGUCGGACAAACACAUCUGCAACGAGUUCAUCAAGUUUGUGGAGUUACAUUUGAACAAAAUCAAAAAGAUUUCCUGCAAAAAACCGAGGGGCCCGCCAUCCCACCUGACCAAAAGACGACACAGCACCAGCAUAAUCUCCCGACCACCACCUAAUCAGCACGGAAUUGUGAAUAAAAUGUUUUAUAUUGGUAGUGGCAAUGGUAGUUCUAAUUGCUUGUAUCUCGAUCGCAAUUAUAUCAGUAAUGGUAACAGCAUGCUUACGCGCUCCGGAUCAAAGGUGUUAGACAAAGCCAACAUCCAGGCUGCGGCUAGUCAACUCAGUGCAACGAGUGGAAAACCCGCAGUUGAUGGAAUACCGCUCUCAACGUUGAACUCGGCUGCGGAACAAGGACUCCCGGAGGAUAGUGAUGAUUUCUGCAUAGAGACUAGUAAACAGCUGAAGCCAACCGCCACGCUUCAGGAAAUAUUUGACGCUUUUAAAAAUCCCAUUAGCGGCGUGGGUUUCCUCGGACCAGCGCAAAGCAUGCCAUCUUGCACGUUUGUUUCGUACGAUGCCAUAACGUGGCUUCAGGAACACAUAGAAGGACCGUGCAAUCCAAUUGAAAUUCUCGAAGAUAUGCGGAGGAAUCGGAUGAUCUGCCAUGCAUCAGGGGAGUACUCCAAACCAGUCAUUCCAGGAUUUUGCCUUUAUUACAUCAUGCAACAGAACAAAGAAUCUCGAGAUUAUUUGCCGCCUCUCGGUGAUUUAGAAGCAUUCGAAAAUGAAUGGAUGGAGGUGGAAGUGCAACAUCCCGAUUUGCAGAGACCAAUAGACCCAAUCGAUGUCGGUGUUCAACCGUUUCUUCGUGAGACGAUAGACUUCAACGAGGAGUUCGUGGAUCGGCCACUCUACAAACAGACUCACCUAGAUAUCGACGUUAACAAUAAGUCUGAUCGAAUAGAAUGGGGCCAUGCUCGGUAUCACCAGAAAAUGAUUCCUGGGCAUGCAUUUGAAAUCGUCGUUCAGUGGAUCACCGCAUCUGGACCGAUAGUGAGUGACCUGAUUCAGAUAUGGUCCCGGCGAGCCCAAGGCUUCCAGUUAGUUUCCAUUCCUGCGGAUCCACUGGCAGAACCAUUUACCGAAAAAAGUGAUCCAUUGCGAGGUCCGAUUUUCAUUCCACUGGACAUCGAAUGCUUGAAGCAAAAGCGGACCUUCCUGUUUGAAGAAUUCAAGAAAGAGACGUGGCCAAAGCGAUUACUGUUAUUCCAAGAAGCCAUCGUUGCCAGGUUUGGGUUUAUGCGAUGUGCGGUUGAGACAAAGACUGGGUCCAAUCAAGUGUCCCUGGAUUACCAAUAUGUUCAUUGCACUGGAAAUAUGUUCAUUCUGGUUCCAAAUUCUAAUCAAGGCCUUAAAUCACGUCAAAGAUUAGCAUCUGGUGGAAGCACAAUGAAGAAACCCACCAACUUCAUCAACCGUUACUCGGCAUCGUACGAAUCACAGAUGCAGAAUAACAUCUCGUUCGCGGCACACGAAGCAUACAUCACUCGUCACGUGACAGGAAGUAAGACCAAAGACGAUUGCGACGCCAUUCGAAGGACUGGUUUCCUGUGGUCCUGGAAUCACAUGAUACCGAACAAAAAGUGGAAAUCGCUAGCUAUUGCCCACUCGGAGGAAUUGUUUCAGCUGCGAAUGCUGCGAGACUUUAAGGAUUUCUGCUCGAAUAAGGAACAAAGACUGGUGCACUUUUGGGACGAAUGCUGGGCGGCCAAGGAGAAGUCUUCAAUGGCGCGGACCUAAACCGCAAUGGCUGGUGAUAUUUGUACGUAAGUGAACUUGUUCUGUUUUGUUUUAGUUUUCUGUCGAAAGUUUAUUUACCUGAUACGAGAAAAGUCUGUACAAAUUACAGUGUAAAGUGCCGUUAUCGCGUUGUCCCGUUUAUAGUGUAAUUUUCUUAUGAAAAACGAUAUAAAGCUAAAAAGUCAUUUUUUUCUACAUAGUUACUAAAUUCGGAAGAUUUUUUUCUAGCUUUGAAAGAAAAUUCCUUGUUCUAAUUUAAAGCGUCACACAUUUAUUAAAUAAAUUGUUUUCAUUGAUAAAAUAGUUUAAAAUUUUUGAUGUAGCAGUUCUCACCGUAUAGGAUUGUCGAGAAAAAGUAACGUUUACAUUGUGAUCGAUCACAUCCUCCGAAUAAUUUUGAACUUUGGUAUCACAAAGAUGUAAAUUAUAAGUUUGAUCACAAUUUGAUUCGUUGUUAGUUAUUUUAGUUUAGCAGGAGUUGUUGCGAUCAACGAAAUGUUCAUCAAUGUUACAGUUAUUGCUUCAUCAGAAUGUGUUCGACUAGUUGGCACCAAUUUUAAAAUGUAGG